AUGCAAAAAUUUCUCGUUGGGAAUUCUAAAAUAAUUGUAAGUAACAUUCCGCUUCACGCAAGAUACGAAGAUUUGGAACCAUUAUUCUCUCAAUUCGGUUCUGUUCAAAGUUGUGAAAAGAGUAAUUCAAGGGAUGGAAAUAGCCAGUCGUAUCAAGUCGUGUAUGAAACUCAAGAACAAGCCCAACAGGCUAUAAAUCAAUUAAAUUCGUACAAGUAUGAUAAUCAAGUUUUAAAAGUGGAAUUUGCUAUGGAAAGGCGUAGAGGCGGUGGUCGAGGGGGGUCACGAGGAGGCGGAGGAGCCUACGGUGGUCCCGCUGCUUCGGCGAGGCAGACUGAUUUUCCACUUAGAAUUCUCGUUCAAAGUGACAUGGUUGGAGCCAUUAUAGGCCGACAGGGAACAACAAUCAGACAAAUUACUCAACAAACCAGAGCCAGGGUGGACGUCCAUCGCAAGGAUAACGUUGGUUCUUUAGAAAAAGCUAUUACUAUUUACGGAAAUCCAGACAAUUGCACAAAUGCUUGUAAAAAAAUUUUAGAAGUAAUGCAAGCAGAAGCGAGCAAUACGAACAAAGGAGAAAUUUCAUUAAAAAUUUUGGCUCACAAUAAUUUGAUUGGAAGAAUCAUAGGGAAAGGAGGAAACACGAUUAAAAGAAUUAUGCAAGACACCGAUUCAAAAAUUACAGUAUCCAGUAUAAACGACAUAAACAGCUUUAAUUUGGAAAGAAUAAUCACAGUAAAAGGUACAAUCGAUAAUAUGAGCAGAGCCGAAUCGGAAAUCAGUGCUAAACUCAGGCAAAGUUACGAAAAUGACCUUCAGGCCAUGGCACCCCAGACCAUGAUGUUUCCCGGCCUUCAUCCGAUGGCCAUGAUGUCAACAAAUAACAUGGGUUAUUCUUCGCGUCCGGGUGCUUUUGGUGGAGUUUAUGGGUCCGGAGCACCCAUUCCGUAUUCUCCCAUUUACCCACCGGCAGGGCCUCAGCAAGGUCCCUCCCAAGGUGGAGAUUCUCAAGAAACUACAUUUUUAUUUAUACCAAACAGCGCAGUUGGUGCCAUUAUCGGCACAAAGGGAACUCACAUUAGGAACAUAAUCAGAUUUUCAGGAGCCUCUGUUAAAAUAGCUUCAUUAGAACAAGAAAAAGGAACGGAACCGCCUGCUGAAAGAAAAGUUACUAUUGUUGGCACUCCUGAGUCUCAGUGGAAGGCUCAAUAUUUAAUAUUUGAAAAAAUGAGAGAAGAAGGUUUUAUCGGGAGUGGAAACGACGAUGUUAAAUUGACUGUUGAAAUUUUGGUUGGACGCAUUAUUGGUAAAGGAGGUCAAAACGUGCGUGAGCUUCAACAUGCAACAGGUUCAAUAAUUAAACUUCCUGAACAAGGAGCUGCUCCUCCCGCGCAAGAAGAAACGACCGUACACAUCAUUGGACCCUUCUUUUCAGUUCAGUCUGCUCAACGAAGGAUUCGAUCCAUGGUACAGUCGUCUACACCCGGGGGAGGAGGUGGUGGUGGUGGUGGAGUGCGAGGCGGUCCUCCUAGAAGAGAACGAGAAUAA